CCGAUCAUUCGGUCGAGACUUCAGAAUUGCAGUCGCGACACCUGCGUCCACUAUAUUUUUCUACUGACCCUGACGUCCGCAAAAAAAUCAAACGAACCCAGUUCGGGACGAUACGGUGGUUCUUGGAUAGACUACGUCUUCCGGUGCGCGCCCGCUGAUUAUACGAAGACAUUGUGACAUUUUUGAAUGCAUGCGUGAAAUAGGGGCAGUUCAAGUUGCUUCCUUUUGCCGAUGGUGAUCAGCAGAUCAGGAUAAGGUGCUGCUCAUCAAUAGGCGCGUGGUACCAUUCAAGCGCCCCCUCUUGGAACCAUCAUCAUCAGCCUUACAAACAGUUGCGAUAGUGCGUUUGGGUUGGUGCAAUCUAGUGUUCUCUAGCAGGACAAGUCUUGCUUAAGCUGAUCAGUUUCGGGGACAUUCUGAGCACCAGAGGACUGAGAACUCAGUCCCCAAUCGCGUCUUAUGUUCGCUCGAAACUCGCCUUUAAGUGCAGAUAAUGGUACUGCUGUAUGUGCAACUACUUGGAGUAGUUUAUCUGGCCGCCCAGCUCUCCCUAGCCGGAAUACUUGAUGUGAACUGGUCCAGGUCGGACAAGAUUGGCUUCGAAGUGAACCUGAACCUGCCCUGGCUCCCAUUUGAAAAUGAAACGCGCUGCUACGAGGAGCUGGGCUGUCUCAACAUUACCCGGAGUUGGUAUCACUUGAUAAACCGUCCAUUCAAUGUCUUCCCCUUGCCCAGAUCUGUGAUAAAUACUAGGUUUAUACUUUAUACCCGACUGAACCCCAUGGAGGUAAGCAACCCAGCGGUGUUGAAGGCAAGCAAAAUUGCGGGGUUUUUUCAGGGGCACAUACUGAAAGCCAAAAACGACUCGAUAGAGAAGUCCAACCUGGAUGUGGAGAAGAAGACGAAGUUCAUCAUACACGGGUUCAUCGAUACUCCACUCUCUAAUUGGGUAAAAGACAUGCGGGAUGAGCUGCUCAAGGCGGAGGACCUCAAUGUGAUUGUGGUCGAUUGGGCCGGAGGAAGUCUUCCGCUUUACACUCAAGCCACAGCCAACACUCGACUGGUCGGUUUGGAGAUCGCUCAUCUCAUUAAUUACUUACUGAAAAACUAUGAAAUGGACACGAGAAAUGUGCACAUAAUUGGGCAUUCGUUGGGGGCGCAUACGGCUGGAUAUGCAGGAUCGUUAGUUCCAGGCUUGGGCCGCAUAACUGGACUAGAUCCAGCUGAGCCGUACUUUCAGGGAAUGCCAGCCCAUGUCCGUUUGGACCCAUCGGAUGCCGAUCUGGUCGAUGUCAUCCACACUGAUGGAAAAGGAAUUAUCUUCCUAGGAUACGGCAUGUCGCAGCCCUGCGGCCACUUGGAUUUCUACCCCAACGAUGGCAAAGAACAGCCAGGCUGCGACAUCACGCAAACACCCCUGGUGCCCCUAACGCUCAUAAGGGAUGGCUUGGAGGAAGCUUCCAGAGUUUUGGUGGCUUGCAAUCAUGUGCGCGCCAUCAAGCUCUUCAUCGACAGCAUCAACACUCAGUGCCCCUACAUAGGUAGACAAUGUUCCAGUUUCAAACAGUUUAUGUCUGGAAAGUGUUUCGGCUGCAAAAGCGGCAUGUCGUGUGCCGUAAUGGGGUACAAGGCGGACACUUCGUUGGGCUUUCUGGAAAACGAAGUGCAACCGCAAGCAAAGCUGGACGAAGCCGUCGGGAACAAGUACUUCUUGACUACUGGCCGCGACUAUCCAUUCUGCCAGCAAGUCUAUAGAGUGAGCGUGGACUUGGCCAAGCCGGGCUACGCAGAAGAUUGGGUCCAAGGCAGAUUAAAGGCCUCCAUGUACAGCCCAAACGGGGUGAUUCGAGCUGAUUUAACGCCUGCUGAAACUAAGCUGGCGCACGGCACUACUUAUACCACUGUGGUGGCGCACCCGGUAGAUUUAGCCGGAAAUAUUCGCAAAGUGGAACUGAACUGGAUCUACGACAUGAACGUGCUGGAACCGAAGACUCUGUGCUUGUUUUGGUGCAACGAUCACUUGUACGUUCGGAGCAUCAAUGUGGAUCAACUAGAGCUGCCUGGCAGAGGGAAACGAGAUGCCAAAUACUCGAACAAACUGUGCUCCAAAGGCAAAAAGGACUAUGCGGAUAUCGCCAACAAUGGCCGAGGAAUUUUUUUGGACUCCUGCAGCAUCACCGAUAAGAGCUAAACGUUAGCAAACUGUAACUAGACUAUAAACUUGUACCUGUAAUUUUCUGUGUAAAUAGACACUAGGUUCGUUGUAGGAAUAUGUGAUAAACCAGAGACAUUAAACUAGUAGGAUAAUCAGUA